CAAGAGGUUUCAUAUUAUGUUCUCCUCUCGCAGUGUUACAUGGAUCAUAACCGCGGUGUGAAUGGCAGCGUUCCUCAGUACCCGCUGUGUGCCAUGCAGCUCUACUCUCACAUGUCCGCCGUCACCGACACGGCCACCUGCAUGAGGAGGAACGACCUCAACUUAAGCCUCAGCCCAGAGAUGAUUUGUGAUCCUUUGGGUGAUUAUAAUGUUUGGGCCUCAACCAAACCUCUCAACACGACAGCCAAGGGCCACAAGACGGGGGAGAGCGUGGUCGUAGCAGCAGCCAGGGUGAGUUACAGGGAAAUGGUUCUGAGUUCAG